GAGAAAGAAACAGUGAGAGGGGUAGAAAAGAGAAAGAGAGAGAAAGAGAGAGAGAGAGAGAAGGAAAGAAACACGUUGGAUAUAGAGAAGUACAAUCAGCAAAGAAAAAGGAAGGACGUUGACUCAGCAUUUGCAGUUUGAGGGGAAUAAAGAGGAAGAGGAAAGAUCCGACAGUGUGUGCGACCAGUGUGUGCUGAGUAUAUCACUUUGCUGCUUUUCUGCUGCUCUGGUUAAAUGUUCUGCAUGGAGGACACACAGGUGGCAAGGACCAUAGAGCUGAAUGAUGGCGCACGAAUGCCGGUUUUGGGUCUUGGGACAUGGAAGUCCUCCCAUCUUCCCCGCACCUCAGUCCAGGGUGCAGUGGAGACCGCCAUUGCAGCUGGCUACCGCCAUAUAGACACUGCUCACUGCUACAAAAAUGAGGUUGAUAUCGGCAAGGCUCUGCGCUCCAAGACACAGCAGGGCAUCAUCAGGCGCCAGGACAUGUUCAUUGUCAGUAAGCUGUGGUGUACCUACCAUGCCCCAGAGGACAUCCCUGUGUGCCUGAAUAAGUCCCUGAAUGAUCUCCAGCUGGACUACCUGGAUCUUUACCUUGUGCAUUUCCCUGUUGGCCUAAAGAAAGUGGGUGAUGAAAUUUUGCCUGAGAAGGAUGGAGAGGUACUGACCUCUGACAUAGACUAUGUAGAUGUAUGGAGGGGGAUGGAGGCCCUGCAAGCCUCAGGGAAGGUAAAGAGCAUCGGUGUGUCCAACUUCAACAUCCUGCAGCUGGAGAGACUUCUGGCUCUGUGCAGGGUGCCCCCUGCUGUCAAUCAGAUCGAGUUGCAUCCUUAUCUGGUGCAGUCAGAGAUGAUAGAGUUCUGUAAGGCCAAAAACAUCGCCCUGACUGCCUACAGUCCCUUCGGCUCGCCAGGGAGACCCUCAGACCUGCUCAGAGAAGAAAGGGAUCCAGUUAAGCUCCUGGAGGACCCAGUUGUGGCAGAGAUAGCCACAAAGCACAGACACAGCCCUGCACAGGUAUUGCUGAGGUACCAUGUGCAGCAGGGUAUUUCAGUCAUCCCUAAGAGUGACAAGCCUCAUCGCAUCCUUGAAAACACAAAGAUCUUUGACUUCAGUCUGACUGAAGAGGACAUGAAAGCACUAAAAGGACUUGACCGAGCGUGGAGGGCUUUCUGGCUUGAACAAGUCAGUUCUCAUCCCUACUACCCCUUUGUGUGAGGCUGCCAGGAGAGUGGAGAGAAGAGACUGGACCAACUGAUACCUAAAACACCGACAGCAGUACCAGCUACAUGCAGUCUACCUACUAAACCACACACUGUAAUUCAGCACUGCCUUAUUUACAUCAGUGUAAUAACUAUAGAAUGUGAUGUGAAGACAAAUGUGAUUAAGCUUUCAAAUGUGACCAACAAAGCUCUGAAAAGUGAGGUGCUUACUUUUAUAAUGUUUGCAUUUUAUGAAUAAAAUUCUGUUUAUGUUUUUUUUUAUUUUUUAAUUAAAGGCAAUUAAGAAAGACGUACAAA